CGCGCGCCCCUGCGGCCCGCCGCCGCGCGCAGGCCCCCGGCGUCGGCGCUCACGCGAGGCCCCGGCUUCGAGGCUCCGACUAGGCCGCGGACGCUCCCCGGCUUCGAGGCGCCUACUAGGCCGCGGACGCUCCCCGUCAACGAGCGGGGGUCUCCGGCGUCGGCGCUCACGCGAGUCCCCGGCUUCGCGGCGCCGACUAGGCCGCGGACAGUCUCCUGCGUCGGCGCUCACGCGAGGCCCCGGCUUCGCGGCGCCGACUAGGCCGCGGACAAUCUCCUGCGUCGGCGCUCACGCGAGGCCCCGGCUUCAAGGCGCCGACUAGGCCGCGGACAAUCUCCUGCGUCGGCGCUCACGCGAGGCCCCGGCUUCAAGGCACCAACUAGGCCGCGGUCUCUCCCCGCCGCCGAGCGUUGGUCCCCGGCGUCGGCGCUCACGCGAGUCCCCGGCUUCGAAGCGCCUACUAGGCCGUGGACGGCCCCCGGCGUCGGCGCUCACGCGAGUCCCCGGCUUCGAGGCGCCGACUAGGCCGCAGUCUCUCCCCGCCGCCGAGCGGGGGUCGUCGGCGCUCACGCGAGUCCCCGGCUUCGAAGCGCCUACUAGGCCGCGGACGGUCGUCGGCGCUCACGCGAGUCCCCGGCUUCGAAGCGCCGACUAGGCCUCGACCUCUCCCCGGCUUCGAGGCGCCGACUAGGCCGCGGUCACUCCCCGCCGUCACUUGGGGGUCCCCGGCGUCGGCGCUCACGCGAGGCCCCGGCUUGGCGGCGCCGACUAGGCCUUGCCCCCCGCCAUGAAGCAGGAGGGCUCGUCCCGUCGUCGCGGCGCCGACAAGGGGAAGGGUCCGCCGGAGCCCGAGCAGGAGCCGGAGCAGGAGCCGCCCCCGGCGGGGCCGCACGAUGUGGAGAUGAAGGAGGAGGCAACGGGGACCGAGGCCGACGGAAAACAUGGCCCCGGAGAGCGCUCCCAGAGAGAGCUGGACACCGUCACCCUCGACGACAUCAAGGAACACGUGAAGCAGCUGGAGAAGGCGGUGUCCGGCAAGGAGCCCCGCUUUGUGCUGAGGGCCCUGCGGGCGCUGCCCUCCACCUCCCGCCGCCUCAACCCCUACGUGCUCUACAAGGCCGUGCUGGGCUUCUUCACCUCCAACAGCACCUCGCGGGACUUCCUGCUCGCCUUCCUGGAGGAGCCCAUGGACACGGAAGCGGACCUGCAGUUUCGCCCCCGGACGGGGAAGGCCGCCUCGGCCCCUCUCCUGCCCGAAGUGGAAGCCUACCUCCAGCUCCUCGUGGUCAUCUUCCUGAUGAACAGCAAGCGCUACCCGGAGGCCCAGAAGGUCUCGGACGACCUGAUGCAGAAGAUCAGCCCCCAGAACCGCCGGGCGCUGGACCUGGUCGUAGCCAAGUGCUACUACUACCACGCCCGCGUCUACGAGUUCCUGGACAAGUUGGACGUGGUGCGGAGCUUCCUGCACGCCCGGCUGCGGACGGCCACGCUGCGCCACGAUGCGGACGGGCAGGCCACGCUGCUGAACCUGCUGCUGCGCAACUACCUGCACUACAGCCUGUACGACCAGGCCGAGAAGCUGGUGUCCAAGUCCGUGUUCCCCGAGCAGGCCAACAACAACGAGUGGGCCCGCUACCUCUACUACACGGGCCGCAUCAAGGCCAUCCAGCUGGAGUACUCGGAGGCCCGGAGGACUAUGACCAACGCCCUGCGCAAGGCCCCCCAGCACACCGCGGUCGGCUUCAAGCAGACGGUGCACAAACUGCUGAUCGUGGUGGAGCUGCUGCUGGGUGAGAUCCCCGACCGCCUGCAGUUCCGCCAGCCCUCCCUGAAGCGCUCGCUUAUGCCCUACUUCUUGCUGACCCAAGCCGUCCGGACGGGGAACCUGGCCAAGUUCAACCUGGUCCUGGAUCAGUUCGGGGAGAAGUUCCAGGCCGACGGGACGUACACGCUCAUCAUCCGGCUGCGGCACAACGUCAUCAAGACAGGGGUCCGCAUGAUCAGCCUCUCCUACUCCCGCAUCUCCCUGGCCGACAUUGCCCAGAAGCUGCAGCUGGACAGCCCGGAGGACGCGGAGUUCAUCGUCGCCAAGGCCAUCCGGGACGGGGUCAUUGAGGCCAGCAUCAACCACGAGAAGGGCUACGUCCAGUCCAAGGAGAUGAUUGACAUCUACUCCACCCGCGAGCCCCAGUUGGCCUUCCACCAGCGCAUCUCCUUCUGCCUCGACAUCCACAACAUGUCCGUCAAGGCCAUGAGGUUCCCCCCUAAAUCCUACAACAAGGACUUGGAGUCUGCAGAGGAGCGGCGGGAGCGGGAGCAGCAGGACCUGGAGUUCGCCAAGGAGAUGGCGGAGGACGACGACGACAGCUUCCCCUGAGCGGGGUGGGGAGCGGCCGGGGGGCCGGGGCUAGGUCUUCUUCCGUCCCCCCUCCCCACUGCCCAUUUCACAGAUGGCCCCUCUGGACAGUAGGAAAGAAGGGGCAGCCCUUACCCUCCCGCUCAGCGCCGGCGUCUCCCAGGGCAGGAUCUUGAGGGGAGGGGGGUCGGUCGUGAGGUGACGGUGGGAGCAACGCCUCUUCCCUCCCCAACUCUCCUUGCACGUGUGUGGGGCUUGGGUGGUUUUUUUUUUUCCUUUUGGAAGCUUCAGUUAUGAUUUUUAAACAAUAAAAAGCUGCCCAAAGCG